GUCAAGAGUCAUCAACACCACCGAACCGAACCGAAGACGAUGAAAAUAAAACCUAAUUCUUCUUAUUCUUCUUCUUCUACAAGCUUAAUCAGAAGACAAGCUACUUUGUUUAAGAAAGCUCGCGAGCUUUCAGUGCUCUGUGCAAUCGAACUCUGCGUAAUCUGUUAUGGAGCCGAUGGAGCGCUUAAGACAUAUCCAGAAGAGAGGGAGAAGGUCGAAGCCAUAGCUCGAAGAUACAUUGCAUUGAGCGAGACGAAACGACACAAAAGAAGCGUUGAUCUUAACGUGUUUCUCGCAGAUUCCAACAAGAAGAGACCGAGACGUGUAUCCAAGUUUCCAGUUUGGGACCCUAGGUUUGAUAAUUACCCGGGUGAGCAAGUCACGGGAGUGGUUCAGUCCUUGGAGCGUAACGUAACCAGAUUACAAGAUAGGUUUCGUGCUCUCGUUGAAGUUCGGGAACAGAGGAAGAUGAAUCAAGGAGCGAGUGCGAGUAGUAGUAGUACUAGGAAUACGAUCAAUCAAUAUCUGCUUCCACAACAACCAAACAACCAGUUUUCCAUGUUUCUGCUUAACCAUGAGAACGGGAAUGUCUCGCAAAUCCCAUUAGGUUUGAUGAACCAAGGGCAAUCUCUGCCGAUGAUUCCGCCUGAACUACUACUGAUGAAUCCGGAUGUGGGAAACUACAACUCGGGCUCACUUGGAGCUUUUGGUCCUCCUCUUUAUGAUCUCUCACAACCCCUCUUUUCUUGAUUUGAUUUGAUUAGUGCAAAUUAUCUAGUGUCUAAUAUGAUUUUUUUUGGAUUAUGUCUGUCUGUCUAGUGUGUAAUAGAUUCAUUGUUUGGUCACUUGCUGCAAUCUGUACUCUCUCUCUCUCUCUC